GCAUUGGGGAGAUUGGCAUUCUAGCUGGUGGCUGUGACUCACGAGGCAAUAUUCUUAGCUCAGCUGAACUUUACAAUUCGGAGUCAGGAACGUGGAAGACUUUACCAAGCAUGAACAAGCCACGUAAGAUGUGUUCAGGGGUAUUCAUGGAUGGAAAAUUUUAUGUGAUAGGAGGAAUUGGAGGAGCCGAAUCGAAGCGGUUGACUUGUGGGGAGGAGUAUGAUCUGGAAAAAGGAACGUGGCGUGAAAUCCCAAACAUGUCUCCGGUGCAAGCUAACGCUGCUAGGAAUGAUAUGCCUGCUACAUCUGAUGCACCUCCUUUGGUGGCAGUUGUACACAAUGAGCUGUACGCGGCUGAUUAUGCUGACAUGGAGGUGAGGAAGUAUGACAAGCAAAAUAAAGCGUGGGUUACCAUAGGACGGCUGCCCGAAAGAGCAGCUUCCAUGUAUGGUUGGGGUUUGGCUUUUCGAGCAUGUGGUAACAGGCUAAUUGUAAUUGGUGGACCCAAGGGAGGUGCAGAAUAUAUCGAAGUGAAUUCAUGGGUUCCAAGUGAAGGGCCGAUACAAUGGGACUUGCUUGGCUGAAAGCGAUCUGGUAGCUUUGUGUAUAACUGUGCUGUCAUGGGGUGCUGAUCAUAUAAUCCCGGUCUUUUGUCCUUGAUGAUGUUACCUUGAUCCAUCUUUCUUUCUGUUUUAAAUUCAUGUUUGUUCUUUGCUAGCAAUCUCUAUCGCUGUACUGCAAUAUGCAAUUAAGGGGAAAAAUAGGACGAUGAAAUUCAAUAAUUGGAUGCUGACAGACAAGUGAACUCCUAUCUCAUGUCAUCUUUUUUUUUUCCCCUCCCUUAUAUGAUUGGAUAUGUUUGAAAAAUACCUGCAUCUUCAUGAAGUUGCCACCAUAAUGAGAUAUGACAUAUGCAUGUGUUUUUUGUGAUUUUGUCAUUCAUUUCCUCUGAAGUUUCCACCAAGAGUGUAGUUAAUUCACUAAUAACUCGUUGCAUUUGUUAAUUUCUCUCUACAUCUUAGUCUCAGAGCAUCUAGUGCUGGAUCAAGGGGAGGACAGAUGCACCGCCAUUUGCUGCAAAGAGGAGAAGAGGAAAAGAAGGUGAAGUACGUUAUACGUCACAACUCUUUGAGGUUUGAUUCCUGCGCUUGGUAAAAUGAUAAUCAAAGAACCUGAACUCAUUUUCUAGUCGGCUUAUAGAGAUUAUUCCACAUGCAACAUCUCUUUUUGCUGUUUCACAAUCAUAAAACGCGAUUAUCACU